UUCGUUUAUUAGUGGAAAAAGUGUUAUAAGUGUUUGGUGUAAGUGAGCCUGACUGCUAGACAAUUGUGAACUAAGACAUGGAUAGUGAUAGGGAGAGUGAGAGACUGUUUUCUCUGAGGUUGUCCCGAGUUAUGGGGGAUAUAGGGGUCAACAGCCUGCUGAUUGCCAGGAGGAGGAAAACACACCUGAGGAUCGAAACUCUGAAGAAUGUCAGAAGCUUGUUAGGAGAUAAAAAUGCUACUGAAUACAUAUUUGGCAGUCAGAGUGAGGCGACAACAACUCCAGGAAUGGAAUCUGAUACUGACCUCUUGUAUAGUCAAAACAGUACUCAUGUUGUUUUUGAUUGGAAAGACUGGCAUCAUGGAAAGUCAAAUCUGCUGGUGUUAAAGAAUGAGCUAACUCCUCCUCAACACUGCUACUUACAGAGACUGAAAGGUGACUGUCCACUUCCGGUGGUACAACUAGAAGGUCCUGAUGACGUCAUGGACGGGGAAGGCAGAAUACUAGUGGCUAAUACCUGCAAUGAACUACACGACUGGUUACAGAAAACAAGUGAAUCUAGUGAAAUAGUAAGACAUGGUCCAUCAAUGACUUAUGAUAAAAUGAUUGACCAUGUAUCGGCUUACCAUUGUGGUCAGCUGCCUAAAGAAUGCAUGUUUAUGUUCAACAGGCCACGCCCUGGACACUGGCCAAUGCAUUGCACACUAGCGAAAGCCAGGGAUGUAGGAGUAUUCCUUGUGCCACAGGGAUACACUGAGGGCCCAACUAAACCAUCUAUGUGUAGAUCUACAGCAUUCUUGGUUCCUCCAAAGUUAACCAGUUACCCUUAUUCAAAUUGGCAGUGGAGGUUUACAACGUCACUAAUGGAACGACAUUUAGUAUUUGAGUUUAGCCAUGUUCAAGUGAAAACAUAUACUCUUGCAAAAAUGAUAAGAAAAACUGUAUUCAAGCCUAUGUUUGGGAACAGAUUUAGCACUUUUCACAUUAAAACAGUGAUGAUGUUUACAAUCGAAAACUAUCCUCCAGAUAUAUGGAGGGAAGACAACAUUGUAAAAUGUGUUUGUCUACUUUUGAAAACACUUAAAAGAUGGUUGAAACAGAAGUACUGUCCCCAUUUUACAAUUUCUGGUGUAAAUCUUUUCGUGGGAAAGUUACAAAUUUGGGAACUUCCAAAACUGUGCAACAUCAUUUCCCAGUUAAUCAACACAAAACUACAGUGUUUGUUUAAUACUCGUAUGGACAAUAUUGGUUUGAGAUUGCUUAAAUGCUCAGGUCUUGAACAUUUAUCGUAUCAAAAUGUGAGCACAAGAAACCAGACCAAUGGUAUUGUUCUACAUGAACUACUGCAUAAAGAAAUAAGUAUUUUUAGAGUUCAUAUCGAUGAUAUGAUAACUGAUAUUUCAGUUGAUGACAGUUUAAGCCACUUGUUUAUUUUACAAAGUUUGUUUGAUUACCCGAGCGACUUAAAACAAGAAGUUGUUUCCUUACUGACCCCAUUCCUGUGCAGCACCCUUGCAUCCAUGCUGGCUUCAAGAUGCAUCUACCUGGGACAACCGAUAUCACAGGAUAUCUUCAAGCUGUACCAAUUAUCAUUUGACUUAGACCUUAUGUCCAGUAGGUUGAAAUUUGCCUCGAUGUUGUUCUGCAGAGGGCAGUAUGAUGAAGCUGCAACAGUGUUGACUUACUGUGAAGGACUGCUGGGACCAGAAAUGUUUCAGUGCUGUGCACAUUAUGGAAGAAUAAGCCUGAAACCAGGCACUGAGUUUAGGAACAAACUAAUUGACUUGUCAAAUACUGAAGUUGUACACAAACACACAAUGUUGUGUAUAACCUUCUCAAAAGAAGAAAUAAACUGCAUUCCACAACAUCUUCAAUUUGAAAUGAUAUUAAACAUGGAAGCUGAAGAAAUACUUACAUUUUACAGGUGGAAGAACAAUGUAGUCACUGACUGCAUCCCAUUCCUGUACUACCUACAGUACAUUACCUACAGAGAGCUACAUAUGCCCAGGAUAGCACAGACAGCACUUCAUAACCUACUGGAGUACACAACAGGACCACCACAAGGACACAUAGACACAGCAUUUAACAUGUUGGCACACUGCUUUGAGCUGGAGAACAGGUUGGAUUUGGCUUGGAUGUACUACAACAGGUCAUUGGAAAUAUAUGACAGGGACAAUGUUUCCAUCUGGCAUGCAGCCAGAAUACUCCAGCAGUGUUUACAUUAAGGGAAAAUGACUUUUAAACAUGUUGUCUCAUUCUCUUUUGAAUAUUAGUUAACCACAGAAGCUUUUAUUGUAUAGGUGUUUUAUGUAUUAGAGAAUGAAUAAAUAUAUAUAAAGCUU